AUGGUCUUUGACGAGGCGAGGGCGUUCAUGCAGGCCACUUUUGACGAGGACAGGGGCACCAGCCGGACCAUGAACGCCGUCGAGGCCCGCUGUCUGACCGUGUUCCGCAACCGCCAGCAGAGGGGCAUGGUAUGUCUGACAGACGACGGCCAUGUGGCGCGCGUGCCCGUGGCGGCGCAGGUUGGCGACGUCUUUUGCGUUUUGCCCGGGUGCCCUUCGCUGCUUCUCCUGACGCCUGCGCCUACCAUUGGGGAUGGUCGCGGCUUUGCCGAGGUGGGCGAGGCGUAUGUGGAUGGGUUCAUGAACGGCGAGGGCAUCUUUGGGCCGCUGCCUGCAGGGUGGACGGCCGUGUGGAGGGACAGUCCGGAUGCGAGUGAGGUCGUGCCUGCUUUUCUGCAAGACGGCGAGUCCGUUCCCACGUGGGAUGAUCCACGGUUGUUCGCGCGAGGGUUCUUGAGUGAGAAGAUGAAGGAGAGCGCGACUUGGAAGGAGGCGCUGGAGCGUCGGAUGACGUUGACGCCAGACGUGUUGAGCAGUAAAGGAGUGCCGCUGGUGGACAUUGACUUGGUGUAG